AUGGUGUCUCCUGCUAUUGCUCUGGCCUUUGUCCCCCUCCUGCUGACACUGAUCAUCAGGUACCGUUACUACUUUGUGCUGUUCUAUCGGGCGGUCCUGGUCAGGAUAUGGAAGGACUGUGUUACUGGUCUGACUCGAGAGGAGCGUGCCUACCAGUAUGUUCUCACUCAUGCCACCCCUGGAGACACUGACAGCAUCCUGGACGCUUUCGAUGUCUGGUGCAGCAAGGUGGAGUUCAUCAGCAACAUUGGGCCUAAAAAGGGGAAGAUCCUGGACCGGCUGCUGAUGGAGCAGAGCCCUUUGACAGUGCUUGAGCUGGGGUCCCACUGCGGGUACAGCACCGUGCGGAUCGCACGGGCUCUGCCCCUGGGUGCCAGGCUCUACAGCGUCGAGAUGGACCAGAGGAAUGCUGCCAUCGCUGAGAAAAUCAUCCGCCUGGCAGGGUUUGAUGAUGACACAGUGGAGCUCAUCGUGAAUCCAUCUGAUGAGGUGAUCCCUCGGCUGCGGUCUGACUAUGGUUUGGAAAGGCUGGAUUUUGUCUUCAUGGACCACUGGAAGAAAUCCUACUGCCCUGAUCUGCAGAUGCUGGAGGGCUCUGGUCUGCUGGGAAAAGGCUCUAUGAUCUUGGCCGACAAUGUGCUGUUUCCUGGGGCUCCAAAGUUCCUCAGGCACAUUCGCAAGAGCGGCCUGUAUGAGUGGAAGGUCCACCGGGCCACACUGGAGUACAGCAGGGGCAUCAGGGACGGGAUGGCUGAGCUGGUGUACCAGGGAAUCAAGUAG